AUGGCUAUCACAGCGGACAACAGAGAUGAGAGCAACGGCAAUCUUGCCAAGCAUGUCCCUGUUCGGGAUGUCUUUUUCUUUGCCCACACCCGAACCGCUUCCCAUGUCCUCUGUCGCCUCCUCUCCAACCAACCAGGAUGGGUUCAAUCGGAUUACCACUUCAAGCGUGCUUUUGACUUCGCCAGAGAAUCCUUUGGUUGGGGUCCGCUAGCUGAUGUAUCUGACCAAAAACGGGAGGAUUUUGAGAAACUUCUUCAGGAGGGUUUCGAUGAAAUCCAGCUUGAUCGGAAAUCUGCUGCCAUCGAGAAACAGGGCAAGUCCCUUUUCCUUAAAGAACACACGUUUUAUGUAUGGGAGCCGUCCAAGCUGUCGCAGAGCAUGUGGGGCGGCCCUAGCAGCCCGCCUUUCACCGUAGUUGAAGACGAUUCUCCUUUGUCCUCAGAUUCUGGAAAAACGAACCCAACUAUAUUUCCUGACAGCUUUCUCAAGUCAUGGAGGCCGAUAUUCUUGAUCCGGCACCCAGCGCUUUCGUUUGAAUCUUGGUACAGAGCUGAAAGUGGCGCUCGGCAUGUCGAUAUUUGUGACAAGUCAUGGGCAUUCUAUACCAGCUUUCAGUACUCUCGGCAACUGUACGACUGGUUUAUGUCAAACAGCACUGAGCCGACUUCCAUGCCAAUUGUUGUUGAUGCGGAUGAUCUCAUGGAUAAAAGUCCAACGAUCAAUACGUUGUGCUCUUUACUUGGCAUGGACACGCAAUAUAUCCUCUACCAAUGGGAUGUCAUCAAGGCGCCAGAUGGUGCCGGCUGUCGCGAGCUAAAAUUCAUGAGUGAUUAUUGGAACUCGACCUCCAUUAAUAGCUCAAAAAGUUCACGGGGCCUUGAUAUGACAGCCAAAUAUACUCAAUGGGAGGACGAGUUUGGACCUGACGUUGCGAAUGAACUUUUGAAACUGGUGGAAAAGUCUAUGCCAGACUACAACUACCUAAAGAGCAAGAAGAUUUGA